AUGCCCGUUUCUGAAGCCGGGGAUGUGGCUUCCACGGUUGUCGCCUCGGACAAGCUGGUGCCAACCACCCCCGACGCCUCCACCCAGGAGGCCGGACUGGCCUCCAAGGCUCCUGACGCCAUCCUGCGCAAAAUGAAGGCUAUUAGUCAGAUGCCGACCUCCGAGACGGCCGGGCUUGCCGUUGUGGCUGGCGACUCCUCCUCCCAGGAGCUGAUCCCUGCGGUCAUUACCGAGGCUGUCAUCAAUGCUGUCAACAACAUCCCUCCUCAGGGUCCGAUCGCCAAGGUUGUUGCCAAGGCUAUCACUGCAGCUAGCAAUCCCGCUACCUCCAAAGAGCUGAUCCCUGCGGCCGCUGUGGAGGCUGUUGACGCUGCUGGUGACCCUGCUGCAUCUGAGGAGCUGAUCCUUGCGGCCACCAACGAGGCUAUUCAGGCCAUCUGCCAGGGAGCCACCCCUCCCGCUUCAAAUGGCAGCCUCGCGAAUGUCACCCUACCUCUCCACGAGGAGGAGGAGGAGGACACGACUCCUGAGAAGAAGGUGGUCGCUCCCCCACCCGGCUUUGGAGGCCCUGUCCCUGCCCCAGAGCCCCCGGCCGCCCCAGAGCCGGCCGUGCCCGCGAACGAGGCCAGCCUGACCGACGCCGAGGAGAUGGCCAUCACAUCUACUGGGAAGUAUUGGGCCUGUAUCAAGACCAAGGUGCCUCUGAUCCACAGGAGCCAUGUUGUGGAGACAGGCUUCCUGGGGGCAGGCACCUACGGCAGGGUCUCCAGGGUUUGCCUGGCGGGUGCCCCAUGGGAGGCAGGCCUCCCCGCCGAGGCCGCCCUGAAGCUGUUCGACCACAGACUCACCCCAGGCCAGCGCAUGAAGGCGGUGCUGCAGGAGGUGCGCAGCCUGCGCAUGGUCCGCGGGCCGACAAACGUCGCGCUUAUGGGCAUCGUGACGGACGACGUGGGUUGCCCCGAGGGCGUCCUCAUGGAGCACUGCAACGGCGGGCACCUGUACGAGUACAUGCGGUGA